AUGGUAGCCGUAUCAAAGCUCGUGAAUCGGAUGUCAAGCCGCAAGGCCACAAAGGCCGACCAUGACACUCCUAACAGGGAUCGCAGCCGGGAUGAGAAGGCAAGCAAGGAAGGGAAACGAAGAAGCAGCAGCAAGACUUUCAAGUCGCGUAGAUCCAGCACAAGCACCACUUUUUCCUCCGGCACUGGAACCCCAAACGAGCGAAUUAUUGAAAAGUACGCGGCUAGGGUGAAUGCUCACAAAUGCUCUGCCAAGGACUUGGUCAAGUUCUAUACCAGCAAAGAUGUACUGAUCAAGUACGAUGACUUGGCUCCCAUGACUGCCAUGGCUCUUCAAACGGAGAUUGUGAAUCUGACCAAGAGCUUUAAGGAUUUCAAGUUCAGCUAUGGUUACAUCCGGGAGGUCAAACCUGGCUUAGUAUUGAUGGAGGACCUCUACGUCGCAGGGACUCACAAUGGGGAGCCAUACAAGUUUGAACAAUUCCCAGCCAUUGCAGCCACUGGAAAGCGUGUGGAGCUGGAGGAAAGAGUCUGGUUUACCAUGGAGGCACCACUGCAAGAGGAGCGACUAAAAAGCAAAAAGGAGAGAAAGAGCAAGAAGGAUAGAUUGGGAAAUACAUCCAAGGUUUCUGUUGGUGCAAGAACAAGAACUGACACUUCCAUCCCGGUGGAAGUAACUGAAACAUCCAUCCCAGUCAACGAGAAUGAGCAGAAUAUCCAGGAUUUCAUUGCCAAGGUCAAUGAACAUGCAUCUGUAGAAGAGCUGCUGCAGUUCUAUGCAAAUGAUGAGGUUCCCAUCUGCCGCAAUGAAAUGGCUCCCUUUACUGCCAUGGCAAAGAAUUCAGAUAUUGUCAUCCUCUGCAAGAGCUUCACCAAUUUCAAAUUCAGCUAUGACUCUGUCAAGGAAAUUAAACCUGGCGUCGUACUGGUAGACGAGUUGGUGGUGUCAGGAACCCACAACGGGAAGCCUUACACGUUUGGUGGAUUCCCACCAAUUCAGUCCACCGACAAGCAUGUUGUGUUGGACCCAGAGAGAGUCAUAUUUACAAUGAAGAAUGGGAAGAUCAUCAAGGAGGUUGUCAAAACUACUUCUGGCAACCUGACAGGCGCUGCACAAUUCUAUGUUGCCAUCGGUGGACGGCUGGAAACCCCUUGCAUUCUUGAUUCUCAGGAAACUUCGACUAUUAUUUCCUCCUCCCUCGAAGAAUCAUCCACGGUCCGUAGGUUGGCUGCGGGGCAACGAAACAUGGAGGUAUUGGCGAGCCAAUGGCUACAAAACGUAGCUUGGUUGCUACCUGCCACAAUGUCGUGUCUUCUUUUCAUUAUGGCAUUGUACCAAUAA